CCAAUGACAUUACGACCGCUGUUAACCAAUGACCCGGGCUGUGGUUUCUUCACUCUCGGGGUGUUAACCAUGUCGUAAACCCGAAAACGUUGAGCCCACAGCAUCUCGGUCUGGGUGGGCGUGGCUCUGAGUGAGGAGCGGUCUCAUCCAAGACCUAGGUCAGUCUGAGAAACAGACGGCGUGAGAGUGGGAGCGCUGCGCGGUGGAUGAUAAUGACCCACACAUCUUUAGAUUUUUAACAAAAGAGCGCAAGAUGCGGGCUUUUACUUUUACUCUGUUGGUAUUUUUCAGCUCGUGCGUUACAGGGGAGGAACUGUCCGGUUCAGAAUUUGGAGACGAUUAUUUUUCGGAUUUAUCUGAUUUCGAUUUUGGCAUUUCUCCACGGAGGGUCCCAAGGCAGGUGAAAGACAUCAUUGCAAGGGAAAGCAAACCGCACAUCCAGGAGCUGUCCAUCAAGACCACCAUCAUCUCCCGCUACGCCUUCACCGCGGUGCACAGCACCAUGCUCAACAGGCACUCGGCCGCUGCCGAGGGCGUGUUCCAGUUCCCCGUUCCCGCCGAUGCCUACGUCACCAACUUCACCAUGAUCGUCGGCGGCCGAGUGUACCAGAGUGAGAUCAAGCCCCGGGAGAAGAAGAAGGUCAGACAGGAUACGGAGGGCGCCGGCACGGCCAAGCCCAAAGACGGGAGCCCCCCCGCCGACGGCUCCACGGAGACGGAGACGUUCCGCAUGGCGGCGGUCAUCCCCGGCCGCAACCGGGCGGUGUUCCUGCUGACGUACGAGCAGCUGCUGCGGCGCCGGCUGGGCCGCUACGAGCACGUCACCAGCCUGCGGCCGCUGCAGCUCAUCAGCCGCCUCUCGCUGGACGUCAUCAUCGUGGACCACGCCCCCAUCUCCCAGCUGGAGGUCCUGCCGCUGCGCAACGGGGGAGGCCGGGCGGGGUCCGGCACCAGCCUGUCCAAGGGCAAGACUGAUCUGCCCAUCACCACGGCGAUCAAGCAGAACAAGAACUUCUGCCAGGUCAGCUUCAGCCCCAACAUCGUCCAGCAGGCCAAGAUCGCCACCAGCGGUAACCUCGGCGACUUUGUGGUCCGCUACGACGUGGAGAGAGAGCUGGGCAUCGGCGACAUACAGGUUAUGAACGGCCACUUCGUCCACUACUUUGCCCCUAAAGACCUGCCGGUGGUCCCCAAGAACGUGGUGUUUGUGAUCGACACCAGCGCCUCUAUGCUGGGCACCAAGAUCAGACAGACCAAGGACGCCCUGUUCACCAUCCUGAAGGACCUGCGCCCCGACGACCGCUUCAACUUCGUCAGCUUCUCCAACAAGGUGAAGGUGUGGCAGCCGGGCCGCCUGGUGCCCGUCACGCCCCUCAACGUCAGGGACGCCAAGAAGUUCAUCUACACGCUGGCGCCCAGCGGCGGCACCAACAUCGACGAGGCCAUGCAGACGGGCUCGGUGCUGCUCCGGGACUUCCUGGCGGGCCCGGACGCCAGCCAGAAUAGCGUGUCGCUGGUCAUCUUCCUGACGGACGGGCGGCCCACGGUGGGCGUGGUCAAGUCCAACGCCAUCCUGGGCAACGCGCGCAAGGCGGUGCAGGAGAAGUUCUGCGUGUUCACCAUCGGCCUGGGCAACGACGUGGACUACCGGCUGCUGGAGCGCAUGGCGCUGGAGAACUGCGGCAUGAUGCGGCGCAUCGCCGAGGACGCCGACGCCAGCGCCAUGCUCAAAGGCUUCUACGACGAGAUCGGCACGCCGCUGCUGUCGGACAUCCGGAUCAACUACCCGGAGGACUCUGUGCAGUACGUCACCCAGAGCCUCUUCACCAACUACUUCAACGGCUCCGAGAUCGUGGUGGCCGGCCGGCUGACCGACCGCGACGCCGGGUCCCUCCACGUGCAGGUGACGGCCAGCAGCAGCGACAAGACCAUCGUCCUGGAGACGGACGUGCCGCUGCGCCAGCGGCAGGAGGAGACGAAGCGCCACGUGAAGGCGGCGGUGGCGGCGGCGGCCGAGCGCGCCCGGGCGGCGGCGGCGAGGAGCCAAGGGCCGGUCGGCGGCGGCGGCGGCGGCGGGGGGAGGGAGGACUUUGUGGAGCGGCUGUGGGGCUUCCUGAGCAUCAAGGAGGGGCUGCGGUCGCGGCUGCGCAGCCAGACCAGCGGCGAUCGGGAGGGUCUCACGCGGCACGCCACCGACCUCUCGCUGGCCUACAACUUCCUCACGCCGCUCACCAACCUGAACGUGGAGCGGCCCCAGGUGAUGGCCAACGGCUCCAUGGCCCCGCCGCCGCCCCCCACCGCCGCCCCCUCCUCCUCCAGGAGCCAGGGGCCCGGAGGACCGGCCAAUGAGCUGGCGGAGGAGGAGGAGGAGGAGGUGGAGGAGGAGGGGGAGGAAGACCGGGCCCGGGUCGGCAACAGGAAGCCGGCCAGGAGCCAGGGUGCGGCUUCUGGGAACGCUAUAGGUGGUGUCGUGAGGAGACCGGCCAGGAAAUCCGUCACCUUCACCAAAACAUCAGCCGACGGGGACCCCCACUUUGUGGUGGAGUUCCCCCAGAGUAAACUCACCGUGUGCUUCAACAUCAACGGAGAGCCCGGGCACGUCCUGCGCCUUGUCUCCGAUCACAAGCACUCAGGGGUGACGGUGAACGGCAAGCUCAUCGGCGCUCCGGCGCCGCCGGGCAGCCACAAGCAGCAGCGCACCUACUUCAGCACCAUCACGGUGGUGGUGGACCGCCCAGGCCGCCGCGCCUACAUCGAGGUCACCCCCAAGAAGGUGAUCCUGGACGGGCACGACCGGCUGGUGCUGCCCUGCGACGCCACGGUGGCCGUGCAGAGCGGCGAGGUGGCGGUGGCGGUAGCGGCGGGCGCCAACGUGACCGUGACGGUGGGCGGGACGGUGGCCUUCGUGAUCCUGCUGCACCGCUACAAGAACCCCGCGCCGUACCAGAGGGAUCACGUGGGGUUCUACAUCUCCAACAGCAAGGGCUUGUCCCGGGACUGCCACGGCCUGCUGGGUCAGUUCCUGCACCAGGACGUGGGGCUGGGAGAGAUGCUGACCGACGGCUCGCCCGAGGACGGGGCGAGGAAGACCCCGGUGCUGAAGGUGAAGCGGCGCUCGGUGCCGGUGGUGAAGAAGACCCGGCGCAUCUACAGCGGCGCGCAGAGCGUGGACUGCUGGUUCGCCCGGAACAACGCGGCCAAGCUCAUCGACGGGCGCUACGAGGACUAUGUGGUGCCACACAUGUUCGAGACGGCUGAGUGGAGAGAGGGGAGCAACGUGUGAGCGGCCUGAGGCGAUCAGCAUGAUCGCGAUCUUUAACUGUAAAUACCUCGCUUUGUCCGACGAAAACCGCACCCUCGUACUUGUUGCACUUAAACCCGCGAUUUUUAAAAAAUAAUAAUUUAAAGGCAAUGACUUUCCAGUCGGGACUUUAUUGCACCGGCGUCGCGUCGUUGAUUUUUGUAAAUGUAGGCUACCACGUAGGGCCAACGACAUCCGAGUUUUCUCCCACGCACCCGAGACUCUGCUACCUGUACUCCUUUUUGUUUCUAAUUCAAAAGUAUGUUUUUGUGUGAGUAUUUUGUGAGAAUUGAUUUGUGUAUUUUUUUAUUGUAAAUACAUUUUUUAAUGAAGUGUAAAACUAGUAAAAUAAUAAAUAUAUAUAUAUAUAUAUAUAUAUAUAUAUAGCCAGAAACAAAACUAGUUCAUUUAUUCUGCUUGUGAACCUCACACCAAACAUGCCAGACGUAGGGACCAAAGCCCUCUCUCCCCCCCGCCUCCCUGUCUUCAGACGCAGGUCACAGGCUGCUGGCCCCGCCCCCACAGGUGUGCUCACGACCAGUGCCCCCCAUCCCCUCCCAGCACCAACCAACCCCCCUCCCAGGUGUCUGUCAUCAUCGCUCUCCCAGGUGUAUGUGUGUGUGUGAGUAGAGUGGGGAGGUCUAGAGGAAUUCCAACACCAAAACAUGGGAAUCGAACUUUAUUCUCUUCAGUGCAACGUAGAACAAUCAAAAGUUCAAAACCAAAGGUACAUUCAUUAAGUAGCACGGUUGAUCGGUCUUAUUGUGGUCCGAGGCCACAGACUCUGAUUCAACAACAGUUUAUAACUGUUUUCUGGCUUUAAAAUCAAAAAAAUCAGAAAAAACAAACCAAAAAUAAAAACACAUAUUAAAAGUUGGAUUCACAAUACAUUUAUGGACAAGAAUACUGUUGAGUGAAUGUGUAAACAGUUGAUUAUAUAGUAGGUGCAGAUAAUGAAUACUGUAGGUAAAGAUACCCCAAGGCAAUUAAGAUUCACGAGUCAUCAUUGAUCUUAAAAGGACAUUGUAGAUUUAAAAGCACAGGAGUAUAAAGUAUGCAGACAAUUCAAUUUUGGUUACACAUGUUUAUACCACAAAUAUUGUUGAUAUACUGUAGGGCAUGAUGAAGUAAUCAUUAAAUAUUUACCCAACUGUACAAUUAAUAAUGGACCUGGGAUAUUAAUGUACUUAACAUAUUCAAGAUUAAACAUUUGACUAAAUACAGUUUCAAUUGCCCCUGUAAUAAUCACAGAUGUGCCUUCAAUAUAGUGGCAAAUAAUCAAUAAAAAAAUUGGCAUAAUAAUCACAGAAUAAAUAUAUUAAAUGUGCAAGGUGUCGGGAAUCAAUGUAACUGGUAUAAUUAAGAUAUGCAUCAUUAAUAUAUGAUGAAUAAUAUAUUUUUUACUCAGUUUGGUUAGACUGCUCCAGUAUUCAGUUAUUACAAAACAAACCAUAUUUCUGCAUUAAUGAUGCGUUCACUUCCAAAUCAUUGAGAGAAGCUACCAAAGUAAAAGCAACAAAAGAUAAUAUGGAAUCAAGAAAGCAGUGACAGGGAAUGUUGCAGGAAUGUGUAGUGAAUUUCUCCAUAAUAACAGUUCCACUUUUACAGCCCACCCUUGUUAUGUACAGCUUUGUAAAAGUGGCCGUUUGCCCCCCGAAGAAUGCCACAGCAGAGAAGAGUCUCCAUUAUAGCAACUAAAGAAUGUACAGCUACACAUGGACUCUCCGGAAGUUAUGUGCGUUUGUAAUCUUCGCGGAGAAACGAUGAGGCUGACAGGAAGAGCAGAUUAAAGAUUGUAUCCACAAUUAUAGUCAUUAAAAGGUACAGGUCCAAUGUACAUUCAAUUAAUGUUCUCUUGUGACUAACUGAUCAACAACUAGUGUACACACACAAAUCUAUCCAUUUCAAAAUGCAUACCUGAUAAAAGUUUGAAAUAGACUUCUCUAGGACCUUUAAUUAAAAGCAAAAGGAAAGGCUUUUAAAGUAACAUCAUUCGAGUGAAGACUUGUGAAGGCUACCUCUUCAUCAAUCACAAUCCAACAGCCCUUUGAGAACUGGAUCUGUGAUGUGAAACACCUCUAAGGAGAUCACCCUCUAAUACGUUUCACCCCUGCCUAGUAGUUCAGUGGUAAGGCGAUACGACCACAAUUUAAAUUGGGAAUCCAGUCCUCUGAAUUUUCCUUCUUUUGCCACCAUUGCAGACCUGUCACCUGAACCCAAGUCUCCCCCCCUCUGGUUAAAGGUGGCGUGCGCUCUCUAAUUAAGCCCCUAUGAAACGAGGAACUUCCCUUUGAUACGUUCCACUGUGGUCACUGUGAUGUUCCCUGAAGAGCACGGCAAUGUGGUGAAGUAGCGAUAAAAAAGGUUUAAAAAAGGCACAAAGAAAACCUGAGAUACAUACUCGCCCACUGCGUCGUUUCCAAUCGCUGAAAACAAGUCAGAAGGAUGUUAGAACCACAGGGGGAA